AAACACAAAUACACACACCUGCACAAACAGACUCUCACACACACACUUUCACAUAGACUCUCUCUCUCACACACACACUCGCAGAGUCUCGGGUCCGUCCUUCGUCCUGCUGACAUUUACUCUGAUAUAAAAGGCGGUUUGAGCCAGAAGGUUCCUGCAGUAAGACACUGAAGAACUGACUAACUCUCACCUGUCUGCCUACCUGUCGUACUGAUCCAGAAACAGUCUCACCUAACAGCAUCAUGCUCACCAGGAACCUUCUUCUUCUCUUCUCCUUGGUCCUUCUUCUGGUGGAGGCGGAUCUCAAUUCCAAUGAUAAAGAGUCAACCUCUGAUGAAGCCCCAACAGAGAGUAUGAACGCCAUAUCUCCACAUCAUCCCGAUACCAGCAGCUCCAGUUCAGAGACUGCAGAUGCUCCAGCAGCCAAUCAGUUGACAGCUCCUGAACCUGCUGCAGUCAGUGUGGAGGAAGAAGAAGACAAUGAACAUUCCAAAUCUAAAGAAGGAGGGAACAAAAAGUUUCGGCCCCGCUCAGCCAAACCUGCAAGACCUGCCCACCCACCACAACGCCCCGCCCUUAUGAUCACAAACCAGAGUCCCACCCUCCCAUCUCAGCCAAUUAUUCCUCAGUUGAAAGCUCUAGUGAGAAACCAAAAGCCCAAAAGAAGAUCCAGAAUCAAUCGCCUUUAAAUAUCAAACAUCAAGACCCAAAGGUUUAAAUCAUUCAUCACACUUGAGUGAAAAGAAACGCCAUUUUAAAACAUUGAUAUUAAACACACAGGUUAAAAUGUGCGUUCUGAAAUCCUCAUGUUGACAUUCACAAAAAUAAGACAUGCAUGUAUGUCUGCAUGUUACAUCUCACAAGCUUAAACAGACAUGAUGAAACAUGCAGGUCAAUCUCUGCAUUUUAAUGCCUGUAUGUUGAAUGGGUUCUUGAUAGGUUUAAUGAAUCAAGCUCCUGCUAUAUUGAUUUGGCUCCUGGUAAAUGUUUAAUUGAUUGGACAUCCUGCACAACUCUGUUGUGUAUCUGCUGUUUUAUGUUGUCUACUGUCUUUCAUCCCUAAGAUCAUGAAUAAACUUUUAAAAAUGAUUUUCAAAUGUUUCAUUUGUUACUGUGGUUUUGCGUCAAUAAAGUUUAAUUUGACUCAAAAUGACUUUCAUCUGACCUCUGACUGAAUAG